GGGUAAGAGAGGCGCGUCGUCUGUUUGUUUACGUCUCCAGAUGAUUGAGCUCAGUAGCUGCCAUGAAGUCCACCACCACCCACAACACCAGCCUAUUUCUACCUUUCCCCGCAUCUCUAGUCAGAUAACCUACGAGGAGUUCUUCAGGGAGUUCUUGGAGAAGAACAGACCGUGUGUGUUCUCCAGCAGCUUCACCCAGGACUGGCGAGCCAGGACUGACUGGGUCACGCCGCUCUUAACUCCAGAUGUGGAUUUCCUCCAACACAAUUUUGGUGAAGCAGAAGUGCCAGUGGCAGACUGCAACCAAAAGCAUUAUGACUCGCAGGAGAAGAAGACGUAUAAGUUGAAAGACUACUUGGACUAUUGGAGAGGCCUCAGGAAAACAUCUUCAGGAUCUAAACAGUGUCUUUACUUGAAGGACUGGCAUUUUGUGAGAGCAUAUCCUGAUUAUGGUGCUUAUACAACUCUCCAGUAUUUUGCAUCUGAUUGGCUCAAUGAAUUUUGGGAAGUUAGGGAGGAUAUUCAGGAUGAUUAUCGAUUUGUGUACAUGGGACCAAAAGGAAGUUGGACUCCAUUUCAUGCAGAUGUUUUCCGAUCAUAUAGCUGGUCAGCUAAUGUUUGUGGACGCAAAAGAUGGGUGUUUUACCCACCAGGGGAAGACCAGUACUUGAGAGACCCCUUUGGCACACCCAUAUAUGAUGUAGACUCUGCAGAACUAAAUGACUCCUCAAAAUACCCAAAAGCUUGUUCAGUAGUAGGCCGUCUGGAGGUGAUCCAGGAGGAAGGGGAAACUAUAUUUGUUCCUUCAGGAUGGCACCAUCAAGUCUGGAAUCUUGAAGACACCAUCUCUAUAAACCACAACUGGCUGAAUGGUACUAACAUCCAUUUAGCCUGGGACUUUUUGGUGGAGUCCCUGAACCAGGUUGAAUACGCUAUCCAGGAUUGUAAUGAAAUGGAUGAUUGGGUUGGACAGUGUCAGCUGUUAUUGCGUGCCACACAUGGAAUGGACUACCAAGAAUUCUACACCUUCCUUCGCACUGUUGCACGGCGAAGGAUCAGCUACCUGACAGGAAAAGGAACCCUACUCAGUUUCGGAUACUGGGAAAUUGGAAAAAAUCAUACAAUAUAUGAUUUAAAUAAAAUAAAAUGGUGCUUAGAGAAGCUGUUGGACGAUGAACGCUUGGAAACCAUCAAGAGUUUCAUCGACAUGGAAGAUCACCCAUCUCAGCUACUUGAAGAUGUUGUUUCCACUUUGUCGUGAUCUUUAAGUGCUUAUGUUUUAAAAAAUUAUUUUAACAUUACUGUUCUUUAUUGUUAUUUGGUGGCUAUUACAAUCAAAUACAGGCAGUUUGAGAACUGCCCGUAAAGUGUUGGGCACCAGAGCUGCUGACUGAAUGCAACAGUGUUAUUCAGCAAAAGUGAUUUACCAAAUUCAAGUUAAGAUAUGUACAGUACGUAUUGACAAAAGGUAAACUGUAUGAUGCUUAAUAAAUAUGCUGGCUACUUGGUCAGGACAUGGUCAUGUUUACCAGUGACUGAAAAAUUAAUGAAAUGGUAGCAAAUGGUAUAUGUAUGUAGUCAUUCUGUUAACAGGACCUUCAUGAACAGAUUUUUUGAUAAUCUUACUUAUCAUAAUAACUAAAAGCUGAGGAAUCCACUGACAUACUGAAUCACUGAUACUGACACUGUAUAAAAACAUGAGCAUAGAGAGCAUUUCUUGAACUACUGCAUACGUAAAUCUUUGCCUUAUGCAGAUGGAAAACGGAACAGUUAACAAUAUUGUAGAUUCAUGUAUAUAAUUAUGAAUUUUAAAUUAUUUAUUAUUGUUGUUUAUAUCUAAUUAUAUUUUUAGUGGCCUUUAAUUGAAUAUAUAUAUUUCAGACAAUUCCUGUCAGUUGAUUUUGCAAAUAAAAAUUUGUUACAUUCACAAAUGUAUAUGGGUCAUUUCAAGCUGUGAAAGCAUAAUCUUUGUACUUGACCACAGGGGCCAGGAGCUGAGACCCAGCCUCAACAACUACAUGUAGAUGACCACAGGGUCAGUUAUCUUAAGAUUGCCUAGUAAAUAAUUUCUUGCUCAGUUUUCUUAGCCAAAAGUUAAUGUAAAUUCUGGUAACAAAUAAAAAGUCUGUCUUGUUAAUGAGAAGAAAGUUAUAUAAAUAAUUACGAUAGUGAACAUAGAAAAGAUCAAGGUGAGGAGAAUAACAAAGUUUAGGAAUAUGAAAGAUUGGAGGGAGAGAGUAUGGCAGAAGUCAGAGUCGGCCUUAGAAGGUGUGGGGCCUAAUUGGGAACAAUAUUGGUGGCCCCCAAGUAUGGAAAGCAAACUUUGCACUUAAAAAAUGCAUGCCAGUUAAUAGACCAAGCAGAUGUAAGCUACAUUUUACUAUAAAACUGCAUACAUGUGAGCCUACAAUUAACAAACAAAACUUGUAUAUCACUUCUGAACAGUACAUAGUCACAAUACCACUUGCUUUAGUGACUGAAAUGAUUUAUUAAAAAUAUUAAUUUAUUUUUGUUCAGAAAAAAAAAUCAGAACUUAAGUGCACUGUUGGAAACAAAUUACUAUCUUUUUUGGACUUCUAAAAAAUCACUUAACAUUUAUAAACUGUAAAUGAGUUAUAUUACUUUUGCCUUUUAUUAGGAGAAAGUUAUCUUUCUUGCUUUUUUCUCUGCAAAGUCUUUUAGAAUUUUGUCGGUCUAUUCUCUUGCUAAUUUCAGAUUCAUUGGAUAUAAUCGCCAAACUGUUCAAACAUUCUUGCUGAAUUGAUGAUCUCGAGUAAGUUUUGAUCAGUUUCAGCUUGGAAAAAUUCCUUUCUCCAGAUGCCCCUUAUUUUUAACUUCAUGUUGUGUGUGCUUGACAAGCCGAGAGUAGAUUGCACUCUAGCGCGGAGCCUCUUUAGGCACUGGGCCCAAUUGGGAGCAAUCAGUCCAAUUGGCUUAAGGCUGGCCCUGGCAGAAGUAGAUGUACAUAUAUGUAUAGUAUUCAGGUAUUUAGGAAUGGAUAUGUCAGCAGAUGGUUCACUAAUGAGGGGAGAAAGGUAGGUGGUGUAUUGAGGCACCUUUGCAUAAGUACAAGUUUCUUGAUGAAGAAAAAGAGGGUAAUGUAGCAAAGUAUAGUGGUACCAACACAUGGGUUUUCAACAUUGCAGCAAAGCAGAGGUUUAAGGCAACUGAAACAUCAUUUGAGUCAUCGUUUUUUAGAGUAAUGCAUGGUGUAAAUAUUAUGAAGAGAAUUCAAAGCAUAGAGAUAAGAAAAUGGUGUGGGAUUUCUAAGGGUUUAAGCCAUAGGGCUAAGGAGGGGUUGUGAAUGAAGUGGGAUAGGAUGACAAAGAGGGUGUACAAAUCUGAGGUGGAAGGAAGGGGUAGGGUAUCAUCCCAGAAAAGUUUGUAGGGAAGGGGUAGAGUUUUGAGAGCUAAGAGCGUGAGCAUCCAGCAGGCUUGUAUAAGCAUGUUAGAUUAAAGUAAGUAGAGAAAAAUGGCUUUUAAUGGGUUGACAUACUGAUAGUGUGAACAGGGUAACAUUUAUGAAGGAAUUCAGGAAAAUUGGUUAGCUGGACUUGAGUCCUGGAGGUGGGAAGUACAGUGCAUACUCUGGAGGAGUAGUAGGGAUACUGAAAUUCAGAGUCAUUUGAAUUGUAAUGUCUACACAAUUCUAGCAAGAGAGAUAUUGAAUGAGUAAUAGUGAAAACUUAUUGUUUAAGAUCACCCUACCUCAGUGGGAGACAGCUGGUACUUUAAAAAAAAUUAAAAAAAUGCUGGCUCUUGCAGUGUUCCAAGAAUAAGGAGUAAAUCAUUAAGAUAUGCCUACUGCACCCACAAUGUAAAAUGAGUAGUAGUUCCUGUAGUGAGUUGUAGAGUGACAGUGUCUAAAAUACAUUUCAUUAGGUCCCAACUUAUGAGCUGUGUUCCAGAUGUUUCAACUAUCGAGCAAGUUGUUUGUACCCUUGACUUAUUAUCUUAUGAAAUAAUAGUGCGAAGGAUAACUGUGUCAUGUUUGCAGCUGUAGGUCAGCAUUCACUUAACAUUUAUUUUCUCAGUUCAUAUGUAUUGUGUUUUCUAAGCCUUGUUUGCAAGUGUGGAUUAUUGCAACUUGGGCAUUAGUAAGGUGGGGGACCCCAUGUGUAUCCUGACUGCCUUCUCCUAUACCUUAUUAUAUGAGGGUGUUCAGUAAGAUUAACAUGAAAUUUAUUCAUUUUACUUCAAGAUAACAUGACCAUUUAAUAUUGGUGUUCAAACACGAAUGUAAUGUCCUUUACGUCAGUCUGUCUUGGUGAAAAAACAGCUGAUGUGUUAAAAAUACUGUACAUGAAUGAGGCAAAGAAGAGAGAACUGUAGAAAGAUACACCCGAGGAAUAAGUACAGCCUCUUCUCACUUAGCGACGUACUCAUUUACCGAUGCCUCAAACUUACGACGGGCUCUCUGACCAGUAUUUAUACCUAAAUAAUGUAUAUUAGAGCUGAUUUCCUCUAUUCUGUUUAUUUCAGUAUACAGUACACUACUGUAUAAACAUUUAAAAAUAUACCAGAAAUGUUAUAAUUGGUGCAAAGGUGAUAUUAAAACAAUAUCAAAGAUGGUUGACACAAACCCACUACCAUUAUAGUAUGCUCCUCACUUAGUGACGAAUUCGUUUAACAAUGUGGUCUUAGGAACGGAACUCCAUUGUUAAGUGAGGAGAGGCUCUAUAUGAAAGGUUGUGUCACAAGAAAAAGGGUUGUAAAUUUCUCAACAUACAAUAUUACAGUGCUGGAUAGUGGGAGUUGUUAUAAUGAAAGUACGGUAUUUAGACAUGUGACAGCUGUUUUCUAUUUCCAUAUUAUCAAAUCCAGUAUAAUUAGCUGAUGGACCCCAUCCUGUAUUUGUAAUGUUAACCAUCACAUUGACUUUCAAUAAUCAGUUUGCCAGAUUAUUUUUCAAAGACUAGAGAUAUAUUGUAUAAUACAAGUUAGUCUUUGUAUAUGAGACUCCCUACAGGUUGUUGUUGCUGCUUCCAUUGCUGCUGUCUACUCACAAUCUUCUUCCAUGUCAGCUUCUUCCUUUCCUUUCUCCUGUACUAAUGUUGCAAAGUGUGCUUUGUUGCCUCUUUCUACCUUCCUUGGUCUUGCUCAAGUGCUUUAUUUCUUAAGAAUGCAGAUUUUCUAUUUUGUUUUAAUGUGUGUCAAGCAAUACACUGUCAAAAGGGUCUAGGAGUGACUGGAAAAAGCCUGUUUACCUCAGUAUCUAUUAAUUUAAACACCUCAGCUGUUUCCACCAAGGCAGGCUGACCCAAAGAAAGAAAUAUGUAUUCAUCACUACUAAUUCUCCGGACUUGAGUCCUGGAGAUGGGAAGUACAGUGUCUGCACUCUGAAGGAGGGGUGUUAAUGUUGCAGUUUAAAAACUGUAGUGUAAAACACCCUUCUGGCAAGACAGUGAUGGAGUGAAUGAUGGUGAAAGUUUUUCUUUUUCGGGCCACCCUGCCUUGGUGGGAAUCGGCCAGUGUGAUAAUAAUAAUAAUAAUUCUUCAGCUGUCAUUCCACUGAGGCAGCACUUUUUAAAUUAUACUUGGCAUGCAUUUGUCUCCAGUAAACCAAACUUUAGCACACUGUUUUCCUGUCUCUGGCUAUGCUGUUUUACAUUCUGUUGACUUAUGCACUGAUACUAUGCUUCUUACAAUGAGUGACUCAUGUAUACUGAUAUUCUAAUCACUCGGUUUUAUUUUUGGACUCCACUAAAUUAUACCACUCUUCUGUUAAGGGAAGUUCCUCAAUACCAAUGAGGAGAUCUUGAUCUGAGAACUUGGACCUUGCCUUCCUUUCCUUGGAUUGAACCUAAUUGCCUCCCAUUCUCUCACAAGGCACUGUAAGUCCCCUGCAGGUAUAGCUCUCCUAUCAUGAAUGUAAUAAUAUACUAAAAGUCUGACAUUAGUUAGACAAGUGGUAUAUGGUCUGAUCCUUAUAGUGUCUAAAUUCUUCUCCAGUCUUGUCUAAUAAUUAUUAUAAUCAAAGGGAAGCACUAAACCCGUAGGAUUAUACAGCGGCUAAUAGAUUAUUAAGGUCGUCGAUGAUGCUGUCAGCAUGCCUUGAUAUUUUAAUGUGAGUAUUUAAUACCCAUAAUGUCUGCUUUGAUUGUAGCCACAUUUUAGAUUUUUAAGAUUUUGAAACACUAGAUAAGAAGUUUAGUAUCUUUAUAAUGCUAUGGGGAGGGAAACAAGUGUUGAGAAGUGUGUAAAGUUUAUCUAAGGAUUAGAUCCACAAACUAUCACAUUGAUUGACUGAUGCUUCCUGUGAUAUAGAUGGGUAGAAAAGAAAGUAAACUUUAUAAAAGUUGACAUUAUUAAAUGAAUUACUGGUAUAUUCUUUCAUGAAUAAUACUCGUAUAUGAAUUACUACUGGCAGUAUCCAAUCAAAUAAACUUUGAAAUACAGUAAACCCACCCAUGUAAUGGACUUUAGAAAUAUGGAACAAAAUCUGCUGGGUCAGGUUUGGAAAUGAUGGACAAAGUUUCUUAGUCACACAAUUGUUCAUUUUUGCUACAACCAUGUCAAAAUAAUCUUUUCUCCAUCCACUAGUUACCAUUACUGGCCACCCAAUGACCCCUAUUAGUCCGUUAAAUAGAGGGUUUACUGUAUUAAAGUUAAAGCUAGAAUUAAAGAAGAGUAUAGUGCAGAGAUAUAAAGUCACAAGUUCACUGCACGGUAAAAGUACAUUAUCGUUUUUUUUAAUCAGGGAAGUGCUAAAGCCAUAGCAAUCAUGUAGGUUUCAUCCGAGGAAGAGGAGGCCAAGUCCAGUUACUUGUAUCAAGCGCCCCUCACUGGCAUUAAACUAAUUUGUCAUAUUUUAUACAAGUGACAGUUCAAGGGACAUAGUGAAGGGUUCUUGAUGCAGGGAAUGGGGGAUACCCUUCAUUUCCUUGUAUCAAACUUAGCCUAUAGGCUUAGUGCUUUUCCAAAAAUCUUAAUAAUAAUAAUAAUUUAUGUAGAUGCAUGUGACUGAAGUUAUUUUUAACAUUACUAUUAAUCUUGAGCCUAUGUACCUCACUCAUCCUCAGGUGUGGAACAUCACAUGUACAAUCUGAAGGUUAGGUUAGGUGAGGUUUGUAAGGAAACAGGACAAGCAUUUCUUGAUGCAGGUUUUAGUCAUAUGAUGACCCACAGCUGGAGCUUUUGAUCAUCUGACCGAGGCCUUCCACUGGCUUACCCCUCCACCUCCUUUAAAAAUUAUGGUUAUGCUUAUAAUCAUUGUAUAGCAUACAACGUCUGAAAACAACAGCCAGUCAUAUUUACACACUGAACUGCAAACAAUCUAGAUAGGAUUGCACAGGUAUGUUACAGAAAUUUUGGCUAUUGUAAAAUUUAAAAUACUGUAGAUACCAAUUCAUAUCUAUUUUUGUAUAUGUAUUCAAUUUCUGCAGCAUCAGUUAUCAGUAAUUAUUUAUACAUAUUAUUUCCUUUUAAAUGGAUUUUGUCCCCAGCACAGACAAGUUAGCUAGUGUCCGUGCAGGGAAUGGAAAAGUGUGUUUUCAGAACUCAGUAAUAAAGCCUUCAGCCCACAACCAAAAGAUUCCAGAAUUGAAUUCUGGGCGAGACAUACAGGCAAGAUUUCUAACACCUGCCACCCUUGUUCACCUAGUAGUAAAUGAAUACCUAGGAGCUAGUUGGUUAUUGUGGGUUGCAUUCUAGGUUAAGACCUAAGAACCCUGGCAGAAGUAAGCCACACUACUUGGCUUCCUUCGGUUAUCCUGUUUGUAACCCUCUGAGGUUCAUGAUUCAAAGAAAGUCUUCAUGAGUGUGUAGUCACUAAUGCAAACCAAGAGAGUGAUAGCAAGGUAUAUCUUCCUUAUUUAGGUGUAUUUUUUGUGAAUUGUUAUGUGUUUCAUAUAGUAUUACAUACUGAUAGGGAUACAUAUACUUUAAAUGAUGUAUGUUCUAGUAAUUUCUAUAGAAAUAUAACACCAUAAUUUUUUCUAAUCUUUUGAUCUCAGAAUAAUAACUUAUUGCCCUUUUCAAAUACUGUACUUAGAUCAUUUACUAAAGGCAGACAAUUGACUUUCAUAAGUACAGUAUUUUGUGACUACUACCCAACAGUUACAUAAAUUGUUUAAGUAGUUUAUAAUAAAUUGUUGUGAGCAUCAAAAUUUAUAAUUAAAGAAAUGUUUUGUAAGUAGUUCAACCAGGACUAUAUGGUGCUAUUAUUGCCUACUGUUUUUCAGCUUGACUCUUUAUGGAAGUAUUUUAAUUGUAUAUUUUAAAUAUAGGUAUAUAAAAAGUAUCAGAAGUGCUUAACAUAGCUAUAACACAAUUUUGGCAGAGGCCCCUAGUGUACAGUAGGUUUUACACCUGCCAAGAUGUAAGUUUGCAUCUCUCAAGAUGUAAGUUUCCAUCUUUCAGGUUUACAUGUGCAAAAAUUAUUUAUUAUAUGAGAAGCCUUAGCAUUGUGUUCAGUGUGGAAAGGGCUUGAUACUGAUGAAUAUUCUCCUUACACUGUUUACAUUGUAAGAUUUCCCUCAUGCUUUAUAGCUUCUCAUAUGUAGAUUUUUUAUUAAAUAUGCAAGAUGUCAAUAUAUACAGCACUGUAUAUAUAUUUCAGUACUGUAAUCUAGAUUGUGAUAAGGUGAAAAAAUUACACAUCUGUGAAUAAUGAGACAGUAUGCUAGAUGUUGUAUAUUAUUAUUAUUCACAUACUGUACUAUAUGUAAAAAAGUGCUUUAAUGCAGGUACAACUCUUUAAAUCUGCCACCCUUCAAACCUACAGUGAGCGGGAUUUAUUGGCUUUGCAUGACUGAAAUCGGGUGUUCUGUCACAAGCCUAGUUCUCUGAGUACCUAUGUGAUAGCAACAAAUUUAUUGUUGCAGUUAGCACAUGUUGGGUGGCAUUUUUCUGAUAAUGGUUUCAGAGUUCCAGCAGUUGGAAUCUCAUGGUUUCUUGAAUGUUAUGCACCUCAUCCCAACAUCUAAUCUGCAAAAAUUUAAAAAAGGCACAAUACUGUGACUGGAAUAAUACACAAAUAACCCGUACACAGGAGACAAACUUUUGACAGUGUUUUGGUUCGACAUGGAGCGUUAAUUAAUCACACAGAAUACUACUAUUCCCUUCUGUUCUAUCACUCCUGUCCCCUGCCUCCUCCCAUAUACGUAUAUUCUGGCUCCCUCCCCUUUGCACUUCUGUGUGUCUAGUUAACGGUCCAAGUUAGGUUAUUUGUAUAAUGUAAUUGAUCUGCCUUGUGCUUUUAGUUACAUUUUAAUAAAAGUAGAGGUUAACAUUAGCCAUUCCUAAUUUUUCUCUCUUCCCUAUCACUUUUUCCCUUUGCAUGUAGCCCAACACGUCGUGAACGUAAGUGCACAGAAUUCCAAGAAUGAAUAAUGCAUUGCAUAAUUAGUGGCUUUCUUUUGUGCCUAGUUUUGUACUAAUUCAUGUAUACCUACUGCAUUCUUCGUAUGCCCGAGAGAAAUAAUUAUUUAUUUAUUUUUUUUUUAAACAAGUCGGCCAUCUCCCACUGAGGCAGGGUGACCCAAAAAGAAAGAAAAUCCCCAAAAAGAAAAUACUUUAAUCAUCAUUCAACUCUUUCAACUCACUCACACAUAAUCACUGUUUUUGCAGAGGUGCUCAGAACACAACAGCUUAGAAGCAUAUAUUAUGUGUGAAUGAUGGUGAAAGUAUUUCUUUCUUUUUUGGGUCACCCUGCCUCGGUAGGUGAUGGCCAGCAUGUUGAAAAUAAAAAUAUCUAUACUGUAGAAUAGAAACAAAAAUAUUUGAUAUGUUUUAAAUUAUUUUACUUAUGAAUGCUGGGCAUGUGUGCGUGUUAGAUAGAAGUGAAUGGAAACAAAUUGUUUUUGAGACUUGGAAUAUGAACAGGGUAAUAUUUUGUGAAGGGAUGCAGGGAAACCAGUUAGCUGAACUUGAGUCUUGGAGGUGGGAAGUACAUUGCUGCACGUUAAAGGAGGGGUUUGGGAUAUUUGCUGUUUGGAAUGACAUCUGAACUGCCAUAUCUGCAUGCCUCUACAAAGAGUGAUUGUGUGAAUGAUGGUGAAAGUGUUUCCUUCUUAUUUUGGGCCACCCUGCCUCGGUGGGAGAUGGCCAGCAUGUCAAAAACAAAUAAAUGCUAGCAGGUCUGGAACUUAAGGAUUAAGAUUCUUAUUACUUCAGUUAUUAUUGUGUCAGGAAAAAACUAAACCCAUAAUGCUCAUACAACACCUGAAGAAUGCAGAGUACAGUAAACAGAUCUGAUCCAAAGAGAGAGAAAGUAGUUACAAUUCCCUGGCUCAAGAGUCCUUCACAUCAAGCUGCCUUGAUGCUAGUGAAGAGAGAUGAUUUUUUUGAGUCAUUACAACCCGUUACCAAAAAAAAAAAAAAAUGAUACAAGAACUCUACAUUCUUCACAAUAUUAUUCACUGGGAUUCUUUAGUAUUACA